AGAGGUGGCGGCGGAUUCAGAGAAAGAUAUACGAACCAAGUACUACUACACUACUAGUACUUAAAUAGUGCAAUGCAUAUCCCUUAUUACACAUCUAACGGCUCAAAUCUAAUCUCACCAUUUAAUCCAACGGUAGAUACGCCCAACCUCGUUCACCAAUAAUCCUCUUAUACCCUCGCUCGCCGCAACCUCUUUCUCUUACACUCUCAUCAAAUCCACAGAUUCUAUUCUAAUUCUAUUCAUUUCAAUUCUCUAACGCAACCAAAACGAGGGGGGUGUAAUUAGUAACUAUUGAUUGUUUAAACUCGUCGUGAAGAUGCAAUCAACUAACGGUUCUGAUUCGAAACCAACGGAACAGAGUAGUAACAACAGGCCGCAACAGAAAACUCCGCCGCCACCUUCACCGCAUUCACUUACAUUUCCACCACCGCAGCAGUGGGUUCCGAUGCAAUAUCCACCGGCGGCAAUGGUAAUGCCGCAUCAUAUGUUACCGCCUCAACAUUAUCCGCCGCCACCGCACCAUUACAUGGCUUAUCAUCAUUAUCUUCACCACGUGCCUCACGUGCAUCAUGGAUCUAGUGCUGCUGAUAAUAAAACUCUCUGGGUCGGUGAUUUGCACCAUUGGAUGGAUGAAAAUUAUCUCCACCGUUGUUUCGCUUCCACCGGCGAGAUUUUCUCCAUUAAGGUUAUUCGCAAUAAGCAGACUUGUCAAACAGAGGGGUAUGGAUUUGUGGAAUUCACUUCACAUGGGACAGCUGAGAAAGUCUUGCAGACUUAUGCUGGGAUGUUGAUGCCUAACACAGAGCAACCUUUUCGCCUUAACUGGGCGACAUUUAGCACAGGAGAUCACAAACGUUCAGAUAAUGUCCCUGAUCUUUCUAUUUUUGUAGGAGAUUUAGCUGCAGAUGUUACAGAUACCAUGUUACUUGAAACUUUUUCUGAUAAAUACCCUUCAGUUAAAGCUGCUAAAGUUGUUUUUGAUGCCAAUACCGGACGUUCAAAGGGUUAUGGUUUCGUCAGGUUUGGAGAUGAUGGUGAAAGGUCUAAAGCUUUGAAUGAAAUGAAUGGUGUUUUCUGUUCUAGCAGGGCAAUGCGAAUUGGUGCUGCAACUCCUAGGAAAUCCUCUGGCUAUCAACAAGGAGGCCAGUCAAACGGCACACCCAGCCAAUCUGACACUGAUUCUACAAAUACAACUAUAUUUGUUGGAGGACUUGACCCUAGUGCUACCGCUGAAGAUCUUAGACAACCAUUCUCCCAGUAUGGUGAGAUAGUCUCUGUUAAGAUACCUGUUGGAAAAGGAUGUGGUUUUGUACAAUUUGCAAACAGAAAUAAUGCUGAAGAAGCAUUGCAGAAGCUAAAUGGUACAACAGUUGGCAAGCAAACAGUUCGUCUUUCUUGGGGCCGCAAUCCGGCAAAUAAGCAGUUUAGAUCUGAAUUCGGCAGUCCCUGGAAUGGGCCAGCAUAUUAUGGGGGACCUGCUUAUGAUGGUUAUGGAUAUGCUAUGCCGCAUCCUUAUGACCAGAGCAUGUAUGCUGCUGCUUAUCCCAUGUAUGGAGGACACCAACAACAAGUAAGCUAAAUGAAAGUGCAGUGCAGAAGUAAUACUCACAACAGCAUCAUGUUUGAAUGAGAAAAAUUAACUUUUCUCCCUAGUAGCUUGCUCGAUAUGUUGGUUGUAUUCUGAAGAAUCCCUCCUAAUUGUGGAGUGGAGUUGAAUUUUGAUAACCUAAGUAGCACGGUAGGAAUUCAAUUAUUAAUCAUUUGUUUAGACUCGUAGGAGUAAUGAGGAACUUAAACUUGUUGAUUGGAAUAAUUACCUAUAAGUAUGCCUGCACUAGCUAUUGCCUGCCAUUGA